ACAACGUCUUAACUGUGAGCGGAUCAACGAUGCAAUCCAAUCUAAUCCCGCCCGUCAACUGAAUGGACCUUGACUCCCCAUGUCCAUCCACAUCGGGAUCCGAGACAAUGACGCCUCCACCACCGACGCCGAGCGAAACGGCGGCUUAUACUCGCCGGCGAAGGAGAAAGCCGCGAACAGAGGUGUGUACAGCAGCCGCUCGCCGCUUCUCCUUCGCCGGGUUCGCCAGCUGCUCGCCGCCGCCAAGGUGAAGACCCUUCUGGGUCUUUGUUUCCUGUGCUUCUUCGUUCUGGCCACCUCAAGGCUUCGUUCCUUCAUGGGUUGGAACACUCACUACCCUUCUUCAGUUUCUUCUCCUUCUAGGGGUGGCUACACAAUACUUAUCAACACUUGGAAACGAAAUUCUCUUCUGAAGCAAUCUGUUGCUCACUACGCAUCCUGUAGUGGGACUGAUGCGAUACAUGUGGUAUGGAGUGAGAUUGAUCCGCCUUCAGAGACUCUGAAAGCCUAUCUUAAGAAGAUUGUGUUUUCCAAGUCUCAGACAUUUCACAAACCCAACUUUAAGUUUGACAUAAAUGAAGAAGACGAUUUGAACAACAGGUUUAAGCCAAUCGAGGAGCUAAGAACGGAUGCAAUUUUCUCAGUUGAUGAUGAUGUAGUCGUGCCAUGUCCAACAUUAGAUUUUGCUUUCACCGUCUGGCAAAGUGCUCCUUUCUCAAUGGUGGGAUUUGUUCCUCGCAUGCACUGGCUGGAUAAGUCGAAGAAUGGUGAUGCAUAUUACAACUAUGGAGGAUGGUGGUCAGUUUGGUGGAUGGGCACUUAUAGUAUGGUUCUCUCCAAAGCUGCAUUCUUUCACAGGAGGUACUUGGAUUUGUAUACUCACAAGAUGCCCUCAUCAAUUCAUGAUUAUGUAUCAAGGGAGAGAAAUUGUGAAGAUAUUGCAAUGUCACUACUUCUUGCCAAUGCCACCAGUGCUCCUCCAAUAUGGGUGAAAGGGAAGAUCUAUGAGAUUGGAUCAUCAGGCAUAAGCAGUCUGCAAGGGCACAGCAAGAGGAGAAACAAAUGCCUCAAUGAUUUCAUUUCCCUCUAUGGUACCAUGCCUCUUGUAUCAACCAAUGUUAAAGCUGUAGAUGCGAGGCAUGAAUGGUUCUGGUAGUUUUUGGUUAUUGAAUUUAUUCACCAGCCAAUUACAAUGUUCAGAAUUAUAUAUUUUAUUCUUAUGUAUUUAUGAGAUGAAACGAUAUCUUCA